GUGACGGCUUCUACGUCACAUAAUGGGGAGGCUUUGCAGGCGGGAGGCUUGGCUCUAUCGAUACAAGUACCCUUCUUGUACGAGCUAUGAGGGUGAGCGCCCUUGUAGUUUGCCUUCUCGAUACUCGGUCUGGUGUUUCUUGAGUAGAAGACGGGCAGCCAGCAGCGGCGAGAGUUUCACUACCUGUAAUGAACAAUGGGAUAUCAUCUCUCAGUUAUCAUCAUCAUCGCCUAUAUUACAAUGUUUGAGAAACCCAAUGAUCUAUCAUAGCUACGUUUCCAGGCAGGCCAAAGUCGGCUACGGCAAUAAUUGUCUCCGAUUCUGUUUCAGUAAGAGUCACUGGUCUAGGAGAAGCAUCCAGGUAGCCCCUCAUCGAACCUUACCAGACGCGUCUUGCUUCUAUUUUCAUGGUGCCUUUGGAAUUCGGCGCAACAGUGAGCAGCCGACCAUAAAACUUCUUCUAGACAUUCCUUACCUGACUCUGAUAUAUUGUCAAAAUUGAUUCCAGUACCAGGAGAUUUGCU